UAAUUCCCUGUUCAGUAUAAACAAGUGUAAGGGGCGGGCUAGGGGUGUGCUGUGCGUUUUGCGUAUUAUUGUUGAGCGAAGUUCUGAAGAUGGUGCAGUUAUCGAAAGCUGGAGUCAAAGAGAAUCCUUCUUUGAAAGCUGGACACCCUCCUGCAGUAAAGGCUGGAGGUAAAAGAGUGGCUAAAAAACAAGGCAGUGAAGAAAAUGCUCCUCCUGAAAAAGAGGCCAAGAAACCUGCAGCAGAAAAGAGGUCCCUUGCGGUGCUUUCCAAAAUGCAGUCAAUCAGUAUUCUUCUAGCUGGUACUCUUGAUAAGUUAAGUCGUGAAUAUCCAGCUGCAGCAGCAAGUGUUGCAUAUAACAAGCCCAGACCUGCAGUUGAAAAGCUGCACACACCGAAGAAACUGUACCUCAUUCAACAGCCCCGCAAGUGUUGAGAGCUAGGCCGGUUUGGGGGAGGGGGGCGGGGUGGGUACUAUUGCAUACCGACUGUAUAAUGGAGGGUCACUUUAAAUUUAAGAGAAAGCAGUUACUUUAAAAUGGUGCUUUUUUUGGAUGCAUGUUUUCUGUUUAGAGGCCAAUUGGUAUAUCUAUAACUGAUAAUAAAAAAUGAAAUGGCUAUAAA